AUGGGUCUGCGGAGUAAUGUAUUUUUACUGUGUGCUCUUCUUUUUUUUGUAUGCUUGACCAAAUUAAGCUUGCACUCCCGUUACCCAAACAUUGAAAAACUUAUUAAAAAAGAUGGAGAAUUUUACGUGGACAGUCCGUCGUGCAAGAUGCCCAAAAUGGAUCCCUUUUCGGAAGACAUAAUGCAGUUCUUUAAGCGCAAGGAGUUUAAGGAGUGUAGCACCGAUAAUGAUUUGGUAAUCAGUCAGUUCGAUCCGAAACUAAGACAAUACAGGAUCCAUAUAGAUGAGAACACUGCUGACAAGCUUUUGAAAAAUGUUGGCAAUGCGACAAUUAAGUGUGAAUACCAUGUGAUAGGUCGAAACAAAAGCGCUUUUAUUCCGGAUAAUGACUUUAGUUUUUCCGGUCCUAAGCCCUUAAUCAAAUCCUUACUGGUACCGAAGGACAUUGACUUUAUUAUCGUUCAAUGCUUUGCCGUAAAUGCUAAGAAAGAAUUGGAACUCCUUCAAGAGAAUGCCUUCCUGUUUGUGCAGGAUCGUUUGGAUAAUAAAACUGACAAUCUAGGAGGCGGUCGUCCAGAUGAGGAAUCCAAGCCAAAUGUUAUUAUUCUGGGCAUUGAUUCCACAUCCCGCUUAAACCUGAGACGCUCUAUGCCCAAGCUCCUGGAAUUCCUGGAACGUCCAGGAUGGUUCGAAAUGCAGGGAUAUAAUAAAGUGGGUGAAAAUACCCUACCCAAUCUUUUGGCCAUUCUCACUGGAAACGCCGAGGAAAAAUCUCUUUUGGAAGGUAAAUUUAGAAGGAGCUCAUUCAUUAAUAACCUUAAUUAUAUUUGGCGAAGAUUCAAAAAGUAUGGCUAUAUGACAGCUUUCGGUGAAGACUGUGCCCAGAUCAACACGUUUAACUAUCAAAAGCCCGGUUUUAAGAACCAGCCAGUCGAUUACUAUCUUAGGAACUUUAUAAACGCUUUGGAAGCCAAUUUGAAGACUAGACGUGAUUUUGGAAACGUAUUCUGCCUUGGCCGCCGGUUAAGUUUCAGAUACAUCUUUGACUUUGCCAAACAGUUUAUGCAACGCUUCCAAAGCAAAGCACCUAUAUUUGGACUCUUCUGGUCAAACAGCUUUACUCAUGAGGAUUUCUUGGGAGCCACUGCUUUGGACAGGGUCUUCUGGGAAUAUCUUUUGGUAUAUGAUGCCCUGGGACUUUUCGAGCGGUCAAUUGUGCUGGUGCUAAGCGAUCAUGGCUAUAGAUAUGGGGUAACUCGACGAAGCGCUACUUCGGGAUAUCUUGAAGAACGUCUGCCCAUGAUGUUCAUAUACGUUCCUCCCUGGUUUAGAGCAAGAUAUCCCCAGUAUGUGGAGAACCUAAAGAGAAACCGGAAUCGACUGUCCUCCAGUUUUGAUCUGCACAUGACUUUGCACCACUUACUUCAACUAAAUGUCACUUCUAUGUCGGAUUUCAGUCCAAGUCUACAGGCUUCACAGUGCAAAGAGUGUCAGUCGCUGUUCUUCGAACUUCCCUACAAUAGAAUUUGUUCCCAGGCUGGAAUUCGUGAAAAGUGGUGCUCCUGUGAGCCCACUCAAACGGUAACCGAUUCAAAACACACUAGGAAAAUAGCUCUAGAAGUGGUGCGACAAAUGAACCAGCAUCUGGAGGAUAGAAAUCUCACCAAGCUUUGCGAAAACUACAGCCUAAAAAUGGUCCUUCAUAUGGACCGCAAGAUGCCAGUUACUGAUGAGUCCGUCGAAGACGAUGAACGGCACACAUACAUCAUAACUUUCGACACCUGGCCCAAAUCGGCGCACUUCGAGGCCACUGUACAGUGGAACACCCAGAAAGAAUCAUUAAAUAUGAACGUGGACGAAAUAAGUCGCCUGGAGUCAUACAACGAGUAUAGCAAGUGCACGAAAGACCCAAUAAUCAAGAAAUAUUGCAUAUGUAUACCGUUUAAAUAA